AUGGGUGAUCCGGGGGAUGACCGGCUGAAGGCUUUGCUGGUAGAGAAGGAGUCGCAGCUUCGCGGUUACCAACUGGCAAGGCAGGAGAGGCUGCAUGAGAUGGCUGGCAUGAACGAGGCGGUGGCUGGGGAGGUUGCGUCCCCGUUCCUGUCAGGGAAAAUUAAAGCAAGGCGGGAGAAAACGCAGAUCAAGGAGCUGAGUGCUGGUGGUAUGACGGUCACUGACAACAAAGCGAUUCUGGGGGUUGCGUCGCAGUUCUACAGAAUCCUCUUCGGGCACGACAGGCAACAGAUUGAGUCGGGCUGGGUACCUGCCGCUGGCAGAACGCUGUCGCCGAUAGCUCGGGAAAGGCUGACGGCGGCUUGGUCGGAGAAGGAGGUGAAAAGUGCGUUUCAUGCGAUGGCGAAGAAUAAGGCUCCAGGAAAUGAUGGGUUGCCGAAGGAGCUUUUUGAGGAGCACUGGGAUGUGCUAGGUAAGCACUUCAUGGCGCUGGUGGAGAGUUUCACCGAGACGGCUGUGCUCCCUGCAAGUACAAAGAGUGCCGUCACUAUUUUGUUGCACAAAAAGGGCGGAAGGGAUGCGGUGGAGAACUAUCGCCCAAUCACGCUUCUGAGCUUCACUUACAAGGUGUUGGCGCGGGUGGUCGCAGACAGAAUGAAAAGAGUAUUGAACGAGGUGAUCUCGCCGGAGCAGUACGGGUUCCUGCCGGGUCGGAGGCUCUCGGAUACGGUGGGGUUGGUCGCGGAUGUGAUCGACGCUGCUAAGAACGAGCAGGCGGACUGGUACCUCCUGCUGGUGGAUUUCCAUGAGGCCUUCGAUUCAGUCUCGAGGAACUAUCUGUUUCUGGUGCUGGAAAAGAUGGGUUUCCCCAGCAGGUUCGUCGGCUGGAUCAAGGGCCUGCAUGAGGAGACACAGACACGGCUGCUCAUCAACGGCUGGAUGGGGGAAGUGGUUGAGGUGGUAUCGGGGGUGCGGCAAGGCUGCCCUCUCGCGCCGUACCUUUUUCUGUGUGCCGUUGAGCCGCUGGCGCAGGAAGCCGUGAACCGCAGCCUGGGUCUCACAGGGGGCGCUCAACGGCUGGCUUAUCUGGGGUACGCGGACGACACGACGUUGCUCCUGCAAGGGGAGGGCCAUAAUCUAAAUAAGCAGGCCAGCAAGACGGAUGGCUUCAAAUGGGUGAAGGCCGAUGAGGCGGAGCGUCUGUUGGGGGUCUGGGUGACGCCGGCUGGCUGCUGCGCGCCCACCUGGGAAAAGGCUUUCGCAAAAAUUAAGGAGAAGCUGAGGCAGUGGGAGGUGCAACACCUGACAACCGGGGCGAGAGCAGCGGUUAUUAACUGUUACAUCUCGCCCAUCAUUUUCUUUCAGGCGCAGGUGUAUCCACCUCCGGUUGACAUCUGGGGGAGAAUUCUGAAGCUGACCCACAAUUUCAUGUCGGGGAAUCGGGCCACCACAGACAAAGCUUUCAUUAUGUGGAGCAAGGAGCUGCUCUACAUGGCUAGAGAGGACGGGGGUGUGGGGGUGAACGAUCCGGAGAUAGCCCUCACCUGUCUCACGGCGAGGCGUAUUGGCCUACUCCUCUCCGAGACAAACGAGCUGAAGCGUGACAUCAUGCUCAAGGCUGCUGACUUGCCGCUGGGGCUGGACACCUUCGUCUCGCAUGUCAAGCUCCUCAAGUGCUGGAGUGGGAAGAGCGAGCGAUGGAAGUUGGCCUGCGGUGACUUCAUGCAGUCGCCGCUGGCUGACACAUCACCGGUGCUGUCGCGGGAGGAGGCAGAGAUGGAGAGGAUUGUGUUCAAUCGCCAUAUUCUGCUUAACGGAAAGACUCCGGUGGGAGGACAGAAGGCUGCGGAGAAACUCUGGGAGCUGGUGGUGGGGGCGGUCAGACGGGCCAUGCGUUUGCUUCACCCAGCGAGGCAGGUGGAGAGUUUGGGUGAUUUGCUGUUCGGCAAGGCAGCAUCCACAUCAGCUUUCCCUGAAGCCUCGCUGGCAGCAAUUGCGGUGCACCAGAUAUGGACAGAGCGGUGUGAUUGUGUUUUCCGGGGGAAGCGCUUCCGGGCUCGGCGCGUCCUCAGGCGCAUUGAGGCAGCUUUUCGGUUGCAGGUGAAGGUGUACACCCGCGCAUUGGGGAAGAAGCUGGAGAAAGGCGGUGGUUCGAAACGACAAGGGAAGAUGCUGGCACUGGCGGGUUUGGAGAAUGACUUGCUUGGACGUAUCCGAUGCAUGGGCGAGAAGGGUUGGAAGUGGACCCUUAAUUUCGGGGCACUGUGGAACCUCGCGCGCGGCGCUCUACAUCCGCCUUAG